AUGCAAAUCCGCGAAAUUGACCCGGCAAACGCCAGCUACGCUCAGGCAUCUGAGAUUUGCAAUCUCAUUUCCUAUGCUUUCCAGAACGACGACUUCUUCAAGGUCCUGUUAGGACCUCGCUAUUUCAUGCCAUUGCCCCCUCCAGUGGGCAGUGCCUGGCAUUACCGAAAACUGCACUUUACUGACACGCUCAAGAUGUGGGCAAGACUCAAAAGCAAUGAUACCAGGAAUUUCGAACUGUUGAAUGACAACAAUGAAAUCAUUGGGUUUAGCUCCUGGGGUGUUCCUCGUUCCUUAAAAGUAGAAACCCCACGCUGGAGAAGGGUGUCAAUUUGGCUCAUCAAAAAGCUGCUUGCCGUAGUCAACACGGUUUUGUUCUUUGGCGAGGGCGAUCUUUCACCCCCCACUCGCUGGAACAAAGCUCGCGUUAUGUUUGACGAGAUCGACAAGGACCUAGGCUGGCUGAAUGUCAAGGACGAAGAUCUUGCCCACCUCGACCUUGAUAGUCUAACCAAAACGUUGUAUCACCAGGAAACCAUGUGGUGGUGCUUCUCAAUGGCUAUCCACCCCAAUUAUCAUCGCCAGGGCUAUGGUAAGGCUCUCUUUAGCCGCUGCCUCGAAGAGCUCAAGCCGUUCUACCCGACUUUCAAAGACGGAGAAGCCGAGAUCAGCGGCCCUGCCAAGUACGGCUUGUUCGCCUCGCCCCAGGGACGGGGACUCUACGAAAGUAUGGGAUUUGUCAAGACUAGAGACAUCGUCAAGGAACUCGAAGGCACCAAGAUUGAACUUCCCUUGUACGUCAAAACCGUCUUUUAA